CGCGAGUGUCUCUAUCCACGUGGGGCAGGCAGGUGUCCAGAUCGGCAAUGCCUGCUGGGAACUGUACUGCCUUGAACAUGGAAUUCAGCCCGAUGGUCAGAUGCCAAGUGACAAAACCAUUGGCGGCGGGGAUGACUCGUUCAACACGUUCUUCAGCGAAACCGGGGCUGGCAAGCACGUGCCCAGAGCAGUGUUUGUGGACCUGGAGCCCACCGUGGUUGAUGAAGUGCGCACAGGGACCUACAGGCAGCUCUUCCACCCGGAACAGUUGAUCACUGGGAAGGAAGAUGUCGCCAAUAAUUAUGCCAGAGGCCAUUACACCAUUGGCAAGGAGAUCGUGGACCUGGUCCUGGACCAGAUCCGCAAACUGGCGGAUCUGUGCACAGGACUGCAGGGCUUCCUCAUCUUCCACAGCUUCGGGGGCGGCACGGGCUCCGGGUUCGCUUCUCUGCUCAUGGAGCGGCUGUCAGUGGACUAUGGCAAGAA